AUGGUUUUGUCUGUUCCAGUGAUUGCUCUGGGAGCUACACUGGGGACUGCUACUAGCCUCCUUGCCUUAUGCGGUCUUACCUGCUUCUGCAAAUAUAAGCGACCUGGGAAAGGAUCCUCUGAAAAGGAACGGGAUCUGGAGACUGAAAAUGCCAAACCCAGCGUGCUUCAGGCACUCCAUCAGUUUAAUGUUGAGAAAACAGCAGAGCCGGUACAACCUCGGACAAUCCUCAGCUUUCCCCAUAUCUAUGGCCCAAAACCUGUUGUGACCACCUCGGAAAUUGUUAACUAUGUAGAUUACAACUUGAAGUCAGUAGAAGAACCAAGCAAGGGAAAAUCUGCAGCUUUGGAUAAGAAAAGGAUGACCAUUCAAGUCAAUGAAGAGCUGUUUCUUCUCCCUCAAAAUGGUGGGGUGAAGGAUGUUUGUGUCACUGAGCGCCUGAGUCCUGACAAUGCUGGAGGCUUCAAUCAAGUCCCAGAACUUCACUAUUGCCUGGGCUACAACCAACAAAAAGAGGCUCUGUCUGUUGCUCUUCUUGAAGCAGGAGACCAAAACAAUGGAAGUGAUUGCUACAUCUUAGGCACUUUGAUGAGCAAUUCUGGCACUACAGAAGCCCAGACUGUGCUGAAGAAGAAGCAAGCCCAUGUUGUCUGGGAAGAAGCUCUACUGUUUCCAGUCAAGAAGGAGGAGCUACCAGAGGGGACAUUGACCCUCACCUUGAGGAACUGUGACAAGUUCUCUAGACACAGCAUUAUUGGUGAAAUUAAACCAAAUCUGGCUACUGUAGGGGAGCAGUAUGGACCGGUGCAGUCUGAGAAGAUAAAAGUCCUUGACAAGGAACCAGAUGCAGGCUAUGGAGAAGUUCUGCUUUCUAUCAGCUAUUUGCCUGCAGCAAAUCGCCUGCUUGUGGUACUUAUAAAAGCCAAGAAUCUCCAUUCCAAACAGCUGAAAGAACUCAUUGGAAAAGAUAUAUCCGUCAAAGUGACACUGAAGCACCAGACCUUGAAACUGAAAAAGAAGCAGACAAAGCGUGCAAAACACAAGAUCAACCCAGUAUGGAAUGAGAUGAUCAUGUUUGAGGUGCCCCAUGAUCUGCUCUGUGCUUCAAGUGUAGAGCUGGAGAUGCUAAGCCAGGAUGCUGAUGGGCAGAACCGCUUACUGGGCAAGUGCAGCCUUGGCCUGCAUGCUGCAGGAACCGAGAGGAACCACUGGGAGGAGAUGCUGAGGAACCCCAGGAGGCAGAUUGCUAUGUGGCACCAACUUCACAUGUAG